AUGAGUGAAAUAAGUAAUGAAAAUUUAGAGCCAAACCAAAUUAUAGUAGCUGAGUCUGCAGAAAGCAAGAAUAAAGGCAUUCGUAGCGCUUUGAGAAAACGAAGAGGUAAAUUAAGCGCCCAAACUUAUGAGGAGGAUCAAGAGGCUAUUUUAUCGUCUCCUUUAUUGACCUCAACACCUAAAACAGUCUCCAGAUCACUAGUGAGGUUGUACCCAUAUUUAAUCGUUGUGGAUAACUUUCUGAGUAUCAUCACUUGGUCCAAUGACAAUAUCGCUGCGAACUUGCUUGGAAUAUUCGUAUUUACGGUUUGUGUUCUAUACUUCGGGUUCAUUACGAAGUAUUUUGGACAUGUAAUGAUCGUUGGUAUAAUAUGGGUAUAUCUUUUAAUUGACAAGCACGUUCAGGAAACGAUGGCAUCUUGCCCUUCAUUAGAUGAUAUAAUACACGUUAUGGAUAGGGUUUCUAUGAAGUCUAGUGCUGUGUUAUCUCCUAUUACAAUUUUAAGCGGUCAGGAUGUUAGAAGGCUGUUAUUCACCAUUGCUUUCUUAUCCCCAGUUUACAUUUUUCUUACGAUGUUUGUGCUAUCUCCAAACUAUUUAAUGUUAAUAGGAGGUCUGUACGUGCUUACGUACCAUUCUAAACUAAUCCGAAGAAUGAGAAGAUAUUUAUGGAAAUUCCGUGUCGUUAGGUUACUUGUAUUCUUCAUAACAGGAUUAGAUCUUGGAGGACCAGAUAAUAAUAAGCGCUUGUUUGCUUCCGUUAACAAGAAAAUAAGGUCCUUUGUUUGGAAUGAGGUAGGUAAUACAUCUAACACUAAAAAGACUGUACUUUUUAAGGUUGCUCUUUUUGAAAACCAACGUCGCUGGCUUGGUAUCGGAUGGACAUCAACUAUGUUGAGCUAUGAAAGGGCAUCUUGGACAGAUGAAUUUCUAAAUACUUCCCCAAGCCCAGAAGUGUUUACUUUACCGGAGGAGCAGUCCGGAAUGGCAUGGGAAUGGCACGAUAAAGAUUGGGUGCUCGAUCUAACAAACGAUGGAAUCAUCCAGCUUCCUGCUUCUGCUAUCAAGACGAAAGCUAAACCAGGUGCAGAUGAAGGUUUCAUAUAUUAUGAUAAUACUUGGAAUAAUCCCUCCGCAACGGAUACAUAUAAAAAGUACACAAGAAGGCGGAGGUGGAUUAGGACUGCAACGGUAACCACGACGUAUGACGAUGAACCUAUUGUAGAGAAAGCUACAACGACUUCCCCUGAUUUGAAGAGCGAAGGAAAUGAUAGAGUUAGAAAAAGGAAAGUUUCAUUUAGUGCAGCAAAUGAAGUGCAUAUUAUACCUUCCUCGGAUAGUAACAAAUUAAUAGAAAUGUCCGAUAUUUCAAUGACUUCUCCACAAUGA